GUUGUUGCUCGAAAUUGUUGUUGCGCGCGCGGACCGCGGACGAAAGAAAAUCGGAACCUCGGAAAAGACGGAUGAAAACAACGGCGCUUCGUCCGCUCGACUCGUGAUUUUUCUACCGCUUUUGAGUGAGAAACCCGCCUGUUUUUUAACUGCAUGUAAAGCGGACUGCGUGUGCGUGUGUUUGUGCGCGCGUGUACGUGUACGUUUCGCGUUUCUGUUGUUUUGUGUGGCCCCUGUAAAUACACGAAAAUUGUGUGCGGCCAAAAAAUGUGCGAUAAAUAAAGCCGAGAAUUUCGGAAUUAAUAAAAGUGUACAACUCCGUGUCUAAAAGAAUAGACGCGGUCAAUGUCCGCCAGUUAGCCAAGUUCAGAGACACAUCCUACGAUCCAAAACGACCUAACAAUAUAAAACCCUCCCCCCCUUAACCGAAAAGCCGGCAAGACGACGUCCAAGAAGAAGCAGACGCAGCCGACGCGGCCGAAGACGAGCAGCAUGUUCAAGUGCAUUCCCAUCUUCAAGGGCUGCAAUCGGCAGGUGGAGUUCGUGGACAAGCGCCACUGCUCCUUGCCGCAGGUUCCCGAGGAGAUCCUGCGGUAUUCCCGCACCCUGGAGGAGCUCUUUCUGGAUGCCAACCACAUUCGGGACUUGCCCAAGAAUUUCUUCAGAUUGCAUCGCCUGAGAAAGCUGGGACUGAGUGACAAUGAAAUUGGACGCCUGCCGCCGGAUAUACAAAACUUUGAAAAUCUCGUCGAACUCGAUGUUUCACGCAAUGAUAUACCCGACAUUCCCGACGACAUCAAGCAUCUGCAGAGCCUGCAGGUGGCCGACUUCAGCUCGAACCCGAUACCCAAGCUGCCCUCGGGCUUCUCCCAGCUGAAGAACCUAACCGUCCUGGGCUUGAAUGACAUGUCGCUCACCUCGCUGCCAGUGGACUUCGGCAGCCUGACGCAGCUGGAGUCCCUGGAGCUGCGCGAGAAUCUGCUCAAGCACCUGCCCGAGACAAUAAGCCAGCUAACGAAGCUCAAGCGCCUGGAUCUGGGCGACAACGAGAUCGAGGAUCUGCCGCCCUACUUGGGCUACCUGCCCGGCCUCCACGAGCUCUGGCUGGACCACAACCAACUGCAGCGACUGCCGCCGGAGCUGGGACUGCUGACCAAACUGACCUACCUCGAUGUGUCCGAGAACCGACUAGAGGAGCUGCCCAACGAGAUCAGCGGCCUGGUCAACCUCACGGACCUGGAUCUCUCGCAGAAUCUGCUCGAGGCGCUGCCCGACGGCAUUGCCAAGCUGAGCAGGCUGACCAUCCUGAAACUGGACCAAAAUCGCUUGCAGCGGUUGAACGAUACGCUCGGAAACUGCGAGAACAUGCAGGAGCUGAUACUCACCGAGAACUUCCUGUCGGAGCUGCCCUCCUCCAUUGGCCAGAUGACCAAGCUGAGCAAUCUGAACGUGGAUCGCAACGCGCUGGAGUACCUGCCGCUGGAGAUUGGCCAGUGUGCCAAUCUGGGAGUGCUCAGUCUGCGGGACAACAAGCUGAAGAAGCUGCCGCCAGAGCUGGGCAACUGCACCGUGCUGCACGUGCUCGAUGUGAGCGGCAACCAGCUGCUGUAUUUGCCCUACUCGCUGGUCAAUCUGCAGCUGAAGGCCGUCUGGCUGUCGGAGAAUCAGUCGCAGCCGCUGCUCACCUUCCAGCCGGACACCGAUGCGGAGACGGGGGAGCAGGUGCUGUCCUGUUACCUGCUGCCCCAGCAGGAGUACCAGCCAAUUACCCCGGCCCGCGACCUGGAAUCCGAUUCGGAGCCGUUCGAGGAGCGCGAACCGUCGCGCACCGUGGUCAAGUUCUCGGAGGAGGCCACCCAGGAGAAGGACACGCCCUUCGUGCGCCAGAACACGCCGCAUCCCAAGGAUCUCAAGGCCAAGGCGCAGAAGCUCAAGGUGGAGCGCAGUCGGCACGAGGAGCACGCCAAUCUGGUCACGCUGCCGGAGGAGAACGGCACCAAAAUAGCCGAGACACCAACCGAGACACGAACCAUUGUGAAUAACUACCAGCAGCCGGCUCAGCCAGUGCAGCAACCCACCGUUGGUGUAAAUUCCAAGCAGCCAGUGGUUGUUGGUGUAGUUUCUCCAACUACAACAACUGCCGCACCACCAUCCGCCGCUGUACAGGGUGGUUCAGAUGGAACUAGCACCACCGCCAAUAAUGUUAAGGCGGCAACAGCAGCCGUGGUUGCCGAACUAGCAGCCACUGUUGGUGGAAACGAAGAGGCUCAGGACGAUGACGAGCAGGAGGAUGAAUUCGAAUCCGAUCGCCGUGUUGGCUUUCAAGUGGAGGGAGAAGAUGAUGACUUUUAUAAGCGGCCACCCAAAUUGCACAGAAGGGACACCCCUCAUCAUCUGAAGAACAAACGUGUGCAGCAUUUAACCGACAAGCAGGCCAGCGAGAUCCUGGCCAACGCCUUGGCCUCCCAGGAGCGCAAUGAUGCCACACCGCAGCACUCGCUGUCCGGCAAAGUGACAUCGCCCAUCGAGGAGGAGGAGCAGCUGGAGGUGGAGCGGGAGCAGGGCCAGCAGCAUCAGCCCUUCGACUCGUCGCUCUCGCCCAUUCCGGCUGGCAAGACAGAGGCUAGCGGCGACCCAGACAACUUGGAUGGCGUCACGGAGCUGCGUUUGGAGCAGUACGAAAUCCACAUCGAACGCACUGCUGCUGGCUUGGGUUUGAGUAUUGCUGGAGGCAAGGGCUCAACUCCCUUCAAGGGCGACGACGAUGGCAUCUUCAUAUCAAGGGUCACCGAAGCAGGACCUGCUGACCUGGCUGGCCUCAAAGUGGGCGACAAGGUCAUCAAGGUUAAUGGCAUCGUUGUCGUAGAUGCGGAUCACUACCAGGCGGUGCAGGUGCUAAAAGCCUGCGGUGCCGUUCUGGUUUUGGUGGUUCAGCGCGAGGUUACCCGGCUAAUUGGACAUCCCGUGUUCAGCGAGGAUGGCAGUGUCUCGCAAAUUUCGGUGGAAACGCGACCACUCGUGGCGGAGGUGCAACAACCGGCUGCAGCUGUUAGCCACGAGCGUUACAUCCCGGCUCCAAUUGAAAUUGUGCCCCAGCAACAGCAGCUGCAGCAGCAGCAACUGCAACAACAACAACAGCAGCCGAUUCAGCAGGUGGCGCCCACGCAUAGCUACUCGGCCAACGUGUUUGCCACGCCCACUGCCGCACAAAUAGUGCAGCCAGCAGCUGCCCCAAACGGAUUGCUCCAGAAUGGCAGGGAGGCGCCACUCAGCUUCAUCCAGCUCCACACGACGCUCAUCCGCGAUCAGAUUGGACAGGGACUGGGCUUUAGCAUUGCGGGCGGAAAGGGUUCGCCACCGUUCAAGGACGACUGCGAUGGCAUUUUCAUAUCGCGCAUCACGGAGGGCGGAUUGGCGCACCGCGAUGGCAAAAUUAUGGUGGGCGACAGGGUCAUGGCGAUUAACGGCAACGAUAUGACCGAGGCGCACCAUGACGCAGCCGUCGCCUGUUUGACCGAACCGCAGCGAUUUGUGCGCCUCGUUCUGCAGCGCGAGUAUCGAGGUCCUCUCGAACCGCCGACGAGUCCGCGCAGUCCGGCCGUACUCAACUCGUUGAGUCCCUCCGGAUAUCUGGCCAACCGACCAGCUAACUUCGGUCGACCGGUGGGAGAAGCCGCCAUUGAGCAGCCUUACAAGUACAACACUCUGGCUACAACCACGCCCACACCCACGCCCACUGUGGCAGCCAGCAUAAACAGCAACAAUAAUACGCUGCCCAGCAGCAAGACUAAUGGAUUUGCAACUGCUGCCGCUGCCACGAUAGACAAUUCGACGGGGCAACCUGUACCGGCUCCUCGUCGCACCAACUCCAUUCCUCUGGGCGAUGGGGACCAUGGAGCGGCCUCCACCACAAGUGGUGAUUCUGGCGAGGCUCAGCCCUCCUCGUUGCGACCGCUGACCAGCGAUGAUUUUCAGGCGAUGAUCCCGGCCCACUUCCUCAGCGGCGGCAGUCAGCACCAGGUGCAUGUGGCACGACCCAACGAGGUGGGCGUGAGCGCCGUCACGGUGAAUGUGAACAAGCCCCAGCCGGAUCUGCCCAUGUUCCCGGCGGCUCCCACCGAACUUGGCCGCGUCACCGAGACCAUCACCAAGUCGACGUUCACGGAGACGGUGAUGACGCGCAUCACCGACAAUCAGUUGGCGGAACCCCUGAUCAGUGAGGAGGUUGUGCUGCCCAAGAACCAGGGCUCCCUGGGCUUCAGCAUCAUCGGCGGAACGGACCAUUCCUGUGUGCCCUUCGGCACUCGAGAGCCGGGCAUUUUCAUAUCGCAUAUUGUGCCCGGCGGGAUUGCCUCGAAGUGCGGCAAACUGCGCAUGGGAGAUCGCAUAUUGAAAGUCAACGAGGCGGACGUUUCCAAGGCCACACAUCAGGACGCCGUCCUGGAGCUGCUGAAGCCAGGUGAUGAAAUCAAGCUGACCAUCCAGCACGACCCACUGCCGCCAGGAUUCCAGGAAGUGCUGCUCAGCAAGGCGGAGGGCGAGCGUCUGGGCAUGCACAUCAAGGGCGGAUUGAAUGGGCAGCGCGGUAAUCCGGCGGAUCCUUCGGACGAGGGUGUGUUCGUGUCCAAAAUUAACUCGGUCGGUGCGGCCAGACGGGAUGGAAGGCUUAAGGUGGGCAUGCGUCUGCUCGAGGUUAAUGGACACUCGCUGCUGGGCGCCUCGCACCAGGAUGCGGUCAAUGUGCUGCGCAACGCCGGCAACGAGAUUCAAUUGGUCGUCUGCAAGGGAUACGACAAGUCCAAUUUAAUUCAUUCCAUUGGCCAGGCCGGCGGCAUGAGCACUGGCUUCAACUCGUCUGCAUCCUGCAGCGGUGGCAGUCGCCAAGGUUCACGGGCAUCGGAAACGGGCUCGGAAUUGAGCCAGAGUCAGAGUGUUUCCAGUCUGGACCACGAGGAGGAAGAGCGUCUGCGACAGGACUUUGACGUUUUCGCCUCACAGAAGCCAGAUGCACAGCCAACUGGACAAACGGUUCUGGCAGCUGCCGCCGCCAUGGUGCACGGUGCCACAUCGCCCACGCCACCCGCAGCUGCUGCUACUGCUCCUCCCCCAGUUGCCACGCCCACAGCCGCUGAUUUAGGAGCGGCGGACACGCCAGCCACACAAACCGUGGCGCUCAUUCACGCAGAACAGGCCCAUCAGCAGCAAACGCAGCUGGCGCCGUUGGGUCAGGAGAAGAGCACCCAGGAAAAGGUGCUGGAAAUUGUACGCGCGGCUGAUGCCUUCACCACCGUGCCACCGAAGUCGCCGUCGGAGCAUCACGAGCAGGAUAAAAUACAGAAGACGACGACGGUUGUAAUAUCGAAGCAUACGCUCGACACGAAUCCAACCACCCCCACAACGCCGGCGGCUCCACUUCCCCUUACUACCGGCGAGUCAGCGAACUCUGCUCCUGCUGCUGCUGCUGCUCCUUCUGCUCCAGCUGCUCCUGCAUCUGUGUCGGGUUCAGUGUCAGUUCCUCCUGCCGUCACCGUGCAGACGCAAACGACCUCUGCCAAAAAUAAAGAUGAAGAGGAGGAGUCGCAACUACAGUCAACACCUGGCAGCAGGGAUGGAGCCGAGACCAGACCAACACCGACUAAAGUGCCUAAAUCGGUUUCCGAUAAAAAACGCUUCUUUGAGUCAGCCAUGGAGGAUCAACACAAGCCCACACAAAAGACAGACAAAGUUUUCUCAUUCCUGUCAAAGGAUGAAGUAGAAAAGCUGCGACAGGAGGAGGAGCGCAAGAUUGCAACACUGCGCCGUGAUAAGAAUUCCAGAUUACUGGAUGCCGCCAACGACAACAUUGACGCCGCCGUCGAUGAGAAGAGGAGCCAUGACAACAGGAAUAGCAGCGGCGAGGAUAAUGAUGACAGCGACCAGGACGCCAACGCUCGCGGGGAUUCCGUCGACAAUGCCGCUCUGGGCCACUUGGAUGAUGCGGAGGACAUGAGAACCGCACAAAGUCUGGCGGAGACAAUGCCACUUGCUGCCAGCAAAAUACCCAAGCAGAAGCAGAAGCAGAAACAAAAGAAGUCGGAGUCGAAGCCGAAACCCAUUGAGGCAACUCCCUUGGCGGCGGUUGAUCCGCCCAAGCCUUCGCUGCUGCCAAAGCCAAAGGUCAAGGUUGUCAUACCGCCAGCUCUGCAACAGCGUCUUAAGGAGAAGCAGCAACAGCAGCAGAGGCAGCAAUCCCCACCCGAGGAGAGCUUAAUUCCGGAGGAGGAAGCUCACCAGCUGGAGGAGUCGCCGUCCUCCGCCGCCGGAGGAAGUCGCAUCCCCGUAAGAACCCUGAAGGCCGAGCGACGCGCCUUGGCCUCGGCUGCCCGCCAAUCCGGACUUAGUGUGGAGGAGUAUCUCCGGCAGCUGGAGGACCCUGAGUCCCCGACCUCGCCCACAACGCCCACCGGCAAAAGCCGUUCCAUGAUUAAUGCUGAGAAGCGCGCCUCUUGGCGGGCGGCUCGUCUUCGAUCACUGGAACAGGGAGCCGUGGAGGCCCAGGAUGUGAUCAAGAACAUGCGCAAGAUGACCGACGAUCUGAUCACCCACGAGUCCAAGGCCAGCGAGGUGGAGACCUGCAAGGAGCGCAUCAUUUCCUUGGAGCUGCAGGUGCCCGAAGCGGAGGAGGAGGCACGGCUAGACGACACGCAACCGCCACUGGAACUCGAGGCAGAUGACUUCGAGGAGGAAGACGAAGAAGAUGAAGAAGACGAGGACGAUGACGAGGAUGACUAUGAGGAAGAGGAGGAGGACGAGGAGGAGGACACCGCUUCGAUUGUGACCGUUCAGGCGAACAAUGAGAAGCUGUUCCUGCGCACCGAUUCCGAUACCUACGGUCCCUCGUCCAUCGAGAGCUCGGCUUCCGGCAAGGUGCGCAUCAAGCCCACUCCGCUGUCACUGCACCAAACUCUGGCCAAGGAGACGACCAUUGUGGAGGUCCUGAACCCCGUCAUCGGCGGCGACGGCAGUGCCCGCACCAUCCACGUGAGCAGCAGCCUGCCCUUCGACCAGGACGACUUUGAACAAGGCGCCGUGGCCGUGCUGCGCAGCGAAACCUUCGUCCUUCCUGGCGACGCCGCCGGCGGCAGGUCUGAGCUGUCAUUAAAUGCGAAAAUGAAAACCGUGCUCGAGGAGCUGCUGGAGAACGAGCGCGUCAAAUUGAAUUUGCAAAAGAGUCUCGAGGGCGAGGACAACGAGGACGACGACGAGGACGAGGAUGCCUACGGGGAUGCGCGAGACGAUGAGGAGAGUGCCUACGGCGAUGCCAUCGACGAUGUAGUUGACUUUGGCGGCGCCACGGUCACGAGUCGCCUGGCUAAUGACCAGGACGAUGCCAAGAACGGCAAUCAGCAGCUGCUCGAGGAGCUGAUUAAGGACAGCAACCGCAACACAAUCAUUGCGAAAUUGGCUGGCCAAUUGUCCGACGAGGAUGACGAAGAGGACGACGAGGAGGAGGAGGAGGAGAGCAGCGACUCCUCGGACGAGGACAGCGACGACUCCGACGAGGAGGACAACGCCGAGCAGCAGCAGCUGAAUGUCACCUAUGUGCAGGGCGCCCAGGUGAUCGAGAAUCUCAAUACGCUGGCCGAGGGCAGCAAGCUGCAGAAGUCGCAGACCUACACGGCCAUCAAGCAGGCGGAGACAGAGCUGAAGGAGGCGGAAAAGAAGGUGGAACAGGACACGGUGGAUGCACCUAUAGCGGAGAAACCAUGUGGAGCCGAUACCCUGGCUCAACUGCAGGCGGAACAGCGAGCUCUGGCCGAGAUCUCAAAGCAGUUGCGCAAGUCGGUGGAGGAUUUGCUGAGUGCCGAUGGUGAGACUGUGGUGGAGACCCAAAGGACCUACACUCUGCCCGCCGCCAGCGAUAAUUCCGCGGUGGUGACGGUCACCGAGGUGGUGAAGAAGCAGAAGAAGAAGAAGGGCGAAACGGGAGAGGAGAUUUUCAACCGGCUUUUGAGCGGAGGAGACACAGAACGCCAGGUCUUCGACAGGCAACAGGGCGAGACCAUAACGACCACCACCACCACCACAGAGGCUGUGAGCGCGGAGGACAAUGAGCCGAGCACCAGUGUGGUGACCACCACGCGGACCGUGUCCAACAUUGUGACCAGCGGAAUUCCCAGGCCGGAGUCCAGCAAGCCGGGCAACCGCAGCAGCAACAAUAACCGCAACAAGAACAAGCGAAAGGGCAAAAAGAAGUAGAGGAUGUCCAAUAGUUGAUGUCCUGCAGCAGCUGGAAGAAACUGGGAUAGAGCGUUGAAGUUGCGUAUACGCCGUGUGUGUGGUGGGUAUGGGCAUGUGACCCGGGCGAAUCCUCAGACUCCCGCACAAAAUAACACUCACCCACCCACACACACACACACCGACACACAGACACACCGACAUAUCAGCGUGUUUCAGGGCUCGCUGUCCAUUUUAUAUACCCACUAUUUGUAUACAUAUGUAUAUUAUGUAUGUACGAUAUUCGCAUAUGUAUUGAUAAUUUUAAUUAAUUGUGCAAAUAACGUGUCCCCUGCAUUUACAAAAUCCAUUUGUUACUAAUCACGAAAGUGUUCGCAUUAAAAACAAAAUAUUAUCAUUGCAAAUUAAAAACGCAAAACAAAUCGGCGAAUGAGAUAGUGCAAGAAUUUAACUGUUAAUUUAAUGUUGUGCAGCAACCACAAAGAAACGACAACAACACAAAUCGUUGAGCCCAUCAGAAAUGAAUUAAUACGACAACAGCAUCAGAGAAAAAAAAAACAAAAAUCUUAUUUAAUUCAAUUAAAUAAUUUCACUUUGUUUGCAUUUAACUAUCAUUUGCAUACAGCAUCUGGUUUUUCUUCCUCAUUUUAUUAUCGAAAUGGGCUUUGCUUAUUUUCCGCAAAUUAAAUUUACGUUUUAUGUUCUAGCACAAAAAGUAGGAGCAAUCGCAAAUCUGUGCCCAGCUGCCGGCCGAAGUAUUCACGAUGAUAUCCUUUUCGAACCAUCUAUAAACUCUAAGCAUUCCGACUGCCCGCAUUUUGGGCUUACUCUUUAUAGUUUUAGCCAUAAGCGAAAACCGGCAACUAAACGCAAUUCGAUAGACGCAAAAAGCGAGCAGAGAACAUAAAUCAAAUAAUCGUAAAUAAUGUAGUUAGCAGUGUGUAAGUGCGUCCAGUUGUAAUCCGUAGUUUGUAACACAAGGCAUAAGCACAACUAUGACAAAUGUCCUAUUGCGAUUUCAGUUUUCACUUUUAUACAAAUGUAAAAAUAUUUACAAGCAAUUUUAUGUAAUGCCUUUAUGAUAUUUAGUGUGUAAACUCGUCUUUUUAUGAAAGAAAUGCAGACGUCGGAAAACGAAUGAAAAAUAAACAAAUUGUAUGCAUUUUUAUUUAAAACAAAA